AUGCCCAUUUUGGCGCCAUUUCUGUCAUUUCCGUUGCGAUUGUGGUCGGUCAGCGUUUUUGUUUUUAUUUAUUGUUUUGUGUUGUUACAUUACUUGUUAUUAGUUAAAUACAACAUUAUACUAUCUCAAAAUGGCGAUGCGUGAUUAUGCUGCUGACAAAGAGACCUUCAAGAAUUUCUUCAUUGAUUUUUGCCAAACUGAUGAUGAAGGACAUAAGAAUUUCAAAUAUGCAGAGCAGCUUACUCGAGUUGCUCAUAGGGAACAGAUUGCUUUUACUGUGGAAUUGGAUGAUCUUCAUGAAGCGAAUGAAGAGUUAGCAGAAGCAGUGAAACAAAACACUCGCCGCUACACCAACAUGGUCUCAGAUGUGGUGUAUGAAAUGCUGCCUGAAUAUAAACAUAGGGAGGUGGCCGCAAAAGAUGCACUAGAUGUUUAUAUUGAGCAUAGAAUAAUGCUGGAGGCACGGAACCACAGGAUUCCUGGAGAGAUGCGAGACCCCAGGAACAGAUACCCUCCAGAAUUGAUCCGCAGAUUCGAGGUGUAUUUCAAGGACAUGUCUACAUCAAAAUCGGUGCCAAUCAGAGAAGUCAGAGCAGAACAUAUAGGCAAACUUGUGACUGUUAGAGGUAUUGUGACCCGCUGCACCGAUGUGAAGCCCCUGCUGGUAGUAGCGACAUACUCGUGCAGCGCCUGCGGAGCGGAGACGUACCAGCCCGUGCGGUCGCUGCAGUUCACGCCGCCGCCCGCCUGCUCCGCGGACGAGUGUCGGCUCAACAAGACUGCUGGACAACUGCACCUGCAGACGAGGGGCUCUAGGUUCCAGAAGUUCCAGGAGCUGAAGAUCCAGGAGCAUUCGGACCAGGUCCCGGUGGGCCACAUCCCGCGACAGCUGUCCGUGUACUGCCGCGGAGAGCGCAGCCGCCGCGCGCAGCCCGGGGACCACGUGGCGGUGGCGGGCGUGUUCCUGCCGCUGCUCAGCGUCGGCUUCCGCCAGAUCGCGCAGGGCCUGCUCUCCGACACCUACCUCGAGGCGCAUGGUGUGACCUGCCUAAACCAAAACGACGAAAACGACUUGGCCGAGGCGUUGACCGAAGAGGAGCUGGCGGAGCUGGCUGAUGAGGAUCUGUACUCCCGCAUGGCCCGCAGCUUGGCGCCCGAGAUCUAUGGGCACGAGGACGUGAAGAAAGCGCUACUGCUGUUGUUGGUCGGAGGAGUGGACAAGCGGCCGAACGGCAUGAAGAUCCGCGGCAACAUCAACAUCUGCUUGAUGGGCGACCCCGGCGUGGCCAAGUCCCAGCUGCUGAACUACAUCGACCGCCUCGCGCCGCGCUCCCAGUACACCACGGGCCGCGGCUCCUCGGGCGUCGGCCUCACGGCUGCCGUGCUCAAGGACCCAUUCACGGGCGAAAUGAUGUUGGAGGGCGGCGCUCUCGUGCUGGCGGACCAGGGCGUGUGCUGCAUCGAUGAGUUCGACAAAAUGGCGGAAAAUGAUCGCACGGCCAUCCACGAGGUCAUGGAGCAGCAGACCAUCAGUAUUGCUAAGGCGGGUAUAAUGACAUGCCUGAACGCGCGGGUGUCGAUCCUAGCGGCCGCCAACCCUGCAUACGGCCGCUACAACCCGAAGCGCACUAUCGAGCAGAACAUACAGUUGCCCGCGGCGUUGCUGUCCAGGUUCGACCUACUCUGGCUCAUACAGGACAAGCCUAACAGAGAGAAGGACCUGGAGCUGGCCCGGCACAUCGCGUACGUGCACCAGCACUCGCAGCAGCCGCCGAGCGCCGUCGCGGCGCUGCCCAUGCGGCUGGUGCGCCGCUACGUCACGCUGUGCAAGCGCAAGCAGCCUGUCGUGCCCAGAGCGCUGGCUGACUACAUCGUCUCAUCGUACGUGGAACUGCGUCGCGAGGCGCGCUCAGCGCGUGACGUCACUUUUACUUCAGCCAGAAACCUUCUCGCCAUACUGCGCCUGUCCACCGCUCUCGCCAGGCUGAGGUUAUCGGACGUGGUAGAGAAGGAAGACGUGUCGGAGGCGAUCCGACUCGUCGAGAUGUCGAAGCAGUCGCUGCAACACGUGGACGAAAAUGUUCAGAGAGGUGUAACCCCACUGGACCGCAUAUUCGCGAUCGUGCGCGAGCUGGCGGGCGCCAGUCAGACCGUCAACAUCGCCGACGUCAUCGAGCGCUGCGUCGACAAGGGCUUCAAGCCUGACCAGGUGGACGCUUGUAUCGAGCAGUAUGAAAAUCUCAAUGUGUGGCAAGUGAACCAGGUUCGGACCAAGAUCACCUUCAUGUAACUUUGAUAAAGAAGUUAGAAUUAAUUAGAACGUAAGUACAAACCCCGUGCCUAAUGUUGACUGAUAACUUGAGUGAAUGUUAAUGUAUGCUGAUUAUAUUUUUAAUAAUAAAGAACUUUUCAAAAA